CACUCCUCUCCUCUCUGCGAGCUCUGCCCUCUCCUCCGGUGGCGUAGCUUAGCCUGCUAGCCAGCAGCUAGUUUAUCGUGGCCAUGUCGCAGGCUCUAUCGGAGGAGGAGUUCCAUCGUAUGCAGGCACAGCUGUUGGAGCUACGGACUCAGAACUAUCAGCUAUCAGAUGAUCUCAGGAAGAAUGCUGCCGAGCUCAAUGCAAUACGGCAGAAAAAUCUUGUCUUGGAGAAAGAUUUUGUCAAAGCACAGAAGGCUCUGAAUAAGAGCAAGAAAGCUCUGGAGGUUGAUGCAUUGCUGAGUGAGAAUGAGAUGCUUCAGGGAAAACUUUACAGCCAAGAAGAGGACUUCAGACUGCAGAAUAGCACACUAAUGACAGAACUCUCCAAGCUAUGUACACAGAUUGAGCAGCUUGAACAUGAAAACCAGAAACUAAAAGAAAGUGCGCCGACUGGUAGUCCGGCUGUUGACCCUUCCGCUAGUGUUGUGGAUGGAGAGCUGCUCCGGCUCCAGGCAGAAAACUCUACGCUGCUUAAACAAUUGAAAGCCCUCCAAGAGCGCUUUGACAAGGAGCAACAGAAGCAGUCAGCUGUCACUGAGACUGGUGGACAAACCAGCACCAAUGGAGUUUCUGACGUGUCUGAUGGAGGAGAGGAGCUGUCAGCAGAGGGAACCAGUGAGAGACUUGAAGAGACAAAUGCACAGCUGGCCCAGACUGAGGAAAGGCUGCAUGCGACCCCUUUAGGCCUGUCAGAGAAGAGCGUAGAGAAGAUUGUAGCUAAGCAGGCAGCGCUAGGCUGGUCGGCUGCUCUCUGUCCAAUAACUCACUGCUUUGGACCAGAGCUGGAGAUGGCCCUGAACACUGAGCAGGAGGAGAAGAGGCUGCUGAAGGAGCAGAUCCACAGUCUAGAGGCAUCUAAACAUGCUGAGAUGACCAAGCUACAGGAAGAAAUAACAAAGCUCACAGACAAAUUAAAAAAGAAGCAGGAGAGUUUUCAGCGACUGCAGACAGAAAAGGAGGCUCUCUACAAUGACAGCAGGACAAAAAUUGAUGAAAUCAACCAGAGGAAAGAAGAAGAACUGAAGACCAUGAACAUCCGUGCACAGAAACUGCAGUCAGACAUCCUUGCUGCCAAUCAGGUGUCAGCAGAGCUGAGAGAGCAACUGCAGAGCAAAGAAAAGGAACAUGAAGUUGCCCUUAAUGUUUUAAAAGAGCAGGUAGCCAGUCAGAGUGCAAUCAGUCAGGAGCAGGUGGAAAACAUCCUGCAGGAGAAUGAUGCUCUGAGGACUAAUCUAGCUGCUCUAGAACAGGAAAACACUGAUGUGCGGACAAAUCUGUGUGUUCUUGAAGAGAUUCAGACGACCAAGACGCAAGAAAUGAACCUGAUACGAGAGCAGCAGGAUGCACUAACUGCAGAGCUCCAGCAGAGAAAAGCCGAACAGGAGAGCCUCCUGGCCCAGAAAGAUGACCUUAACUCCCAACUGCAGGAGUCUAGUUUUGCUAACAGGAAGUUAUUGGAGCAGUUAACCGAAGAAGGGAUAGAGAAAGACAAGCUUCUUAGAGAGCUGAGUGAAUCUAAAAAGACUGCAGAAAAGAGGAAGGCCAUGUUGGACGACAUGGCUAUGCAGCUGAAUCAAGAGAAAUCCAACCACAAGGAGGCGCUAUCAGACCUCAAAUUACAGCAUGAGAAGGAGGUUCUUGGAGUCCGGGCCAAAUACGAGAAAGAGCUCCGAGGACUCCAUGAGGACAAGAAUCGGUCAGAGGAAGAGAUUCGACAGCAGCUUAAAGAUGAAAAAGCAAAAACCAAAGAAUUGGAAGGUCUUCAGCAGCGGGUGGAGGAACUGCAGUCUCAGGUUCAGUCGAUGGAGGGAACCAAAGGAUGGUUUGAGAGACGACUCAAGGAGGCUGAGGAGAACAUGGAGGAGAAAAGUCUGGAACAUCAGAGUGAGCUUGAGAAUCUACAAAAGGAACACACACUUCAUUUGGAGGAGAAGCAGUCGGAGAUGGAAGCCCUGAAGCAGCAGCUGGAGGAGGUGGAGAAACAGAAGGGGGAGCACAACGACACUAUCACAAAAUUGAAACAGGAGAUAAAAGACACGGUGGAUGGUCAGAGGAUCCUGGAGAAGAAAGGAAGCGCAGCGCUGAAGGAUUUGAAGAGGCAGCUACAGCUUGAGAGGAAAAGAGCCGACAAACUGCAGGAGAGACUCCAGGAGAUCCUGACCAACAGCAAGACCAGAACAGGUCUGGAGGAGCUGGUUCUGUCAGAGAUCAACAGUCCCAGUCGAACACAGCAGACUGGAGACUCGUCGUCAGUUUCGUCCUUCUCAUACAAAGACAUGAUGAAAGAGAGCCAGGUGGCCAAUCCGAACAAGUCAGGAGGAGGCAGCCCCCAGUCUCAGCGUCCUGCAGAACUCUCUGAUGACGAAGUCGGGGAAUUAUUCCAGCGACUUGCUGAGGUGCAGCAGGAGAAGUGGAUGCUUGAGGAGAAAGUAAAGCAUCUGGAAGUGAGCUGCUCGUCCAUGGCGGAGGACAUCUGCAGGAAGAGUGCGAUCAUCGAGACCUAUGUAAUGGACAGCCGUAUAGAUGUUUCCGGCAGUGCUGUGGCAGGUCACGGGGCCUCCCAGGGCGAGAGAGGAGGUCUGGGUUCCGUCCUCAGGGAUCUGGUCAAGCCAGGAGAUGAAAAUCUGAGAGAGAUGAACAAGAAGCUCCAGAACAUGCUGGAGGAGCAGCUCACCAAAAACAUGCAUCUGCAAAAGGAUUUGGAGGUUCUCUCUCAGGAGCUGGUGCGUUUCAGUGGUGCAUCUGGCUCUGGUUGAUCCAUCAAGCUCACACUCUCACUGGAACUAGCAGCGUCCUUCUUCCAUAUGUCCAACUCAUGACCUCAGACCUGCAGCCGAACAUCUCCAACGUCCUGCUCUGCAGGCUCAACGCUGUGCGAUGCUCCUCCAUAUGUUGCGAUGAAUGUACUGCAAUUGGGCUGCGCUGGUCUUGACAGGAGGAUUUCCUUCUGCUUCCACGAACUCCUGCUCAUCAAACGCAGCUCCUCCUUCAACUGAGCGAUGCAUCGCCGUGUAACUUGUGCAGUAACUGCAGGAUCUGUUUUUGUUUUUUAGACUCGGCAGUCAAGUUUAGUGUCUCACAUGCUGUGGCCUUCAUCUGUGAUCCCAUGAGCUUCAACACACUUGUACCACCAUCAGCUUGUUAGGAAACGGAGCUUGACGGUGCAACUCAACACGACGGUUUGAUGAGAGGAGACUUGUUGAUUGUGUUCUUGGCAUCUCCACACCACUUGCACUACUACAUUCGAUGACUGUUUUCUUCCUCUGCAUUAUUUAAAUUCAGGAAACAGGAAGGUCCUGUGGAAAGAAGUCGUCCAAUCAGCUUUUAUAUUCUUUCUGCUGCAUCUGUUUUUUAACCUUCUUUGAUAUCACAAACCUUCCUGUUUAUUUUGCCUUGUUUGUCUGUGGGUGUUUUGGGGGUUUAUGGGUGGGAGGGACUAAAGUGUUUACGACACAAUGUCUUACGUGGAAACUGCCUGAUUUGUUUUUGUUUGUACACUGCAAGUAAACAAGUGAUCAUGAGCUGUAAACAGUGAGGAUCCUUCUUUUGUUGACAGUGCAGCUUUUUAAUCAUACAUGUUCAUAUUUUUGAUCAUUAUAUAUGAAUAAAUGAAAGCAAAACGGGCGUCUAAUUAUUCGCGGUCUGCUCCACAGACACUCAGUAACAGAAUUGGAACAGGAAGUGCUGCACUGGCAACAACCGGACACGUCACUGGACGCACUUGGUUUUUAAUUUUUACAUUUGUAUAUAUCUGCCGUGACUGACUGUAUGAAGAAUCAACUGAUCUAUUUAUGAGAUUUAUCAUCACAACGCUAAUUAUUGUAACUGAUGGAAUAAAAAAAAAAAUAAUG